AUGGCCUCAAGCGCUACAUCGAAUCCUUUUUUGAACACCUUCGGGGACGGUGACUCCGUUGCUGCUGAUGAUCCAGAUGAUGGUGCAAAUGGAGAGAUAAGCUUUCUCUUAAGUGGUGGCAAUGAAGAAGGAUAUUUUGAAUUGGAUACAGCCACAGGACAAAUCAGUUUAAAAACUGUAAUCCCAUUAGGAGUCAACCAGGCCAUAAAGUUUGUUUUGUGGAUAACAGCUAUUGAUGGUGGAGCAAUUCCCAGAAGUUCUUCUGUGCCUGUUCAGAUCAUGGCAAUUGGAUAUUCCAGUGCACGGUUUAUUCAGAAAACAUAUAAUGUGUCUGUGGAAGAAGAGCUAGUCAGUCCUGUUGAAGUAGCAAGAGUGGAGUACGAGUCUUUAUACCCCCAUAUAACAGUUACUUUUCAAGUACUGACGGAAUCUGUUCCAUUUGAUAUCAAUGAAGAAGGAAUCAUCUCAACAAAAACCAAACUGGACUAUGAAACUCAGAAUAGUUACACCCUAAAUGUCUCUUUGUCAGAUGGAAACACUACUGACUAUGCUACAGUGUUCAUCAAAGUUACAGACAUCAAUGAUAACAGCCCUGUGUUUGGUGUAAUCAACACAACCAUUACCAUUCCGGAGAACAUGCCAGCUGGAACAAUUAUUAUCAGUGUGUCAGCUACAGAUGUGGAUGAGGGCUUUAAUGGGUUAGUGGUUUAUACUCUGAAGGGUGGAGAAGGAAAAAUAGAUAUGAACACCUCAGGAUCAAUUUUGCUGGAAAAAGAUCUGGAUAGAGAAAAACAAGGCAUCUAUAACUUAACGGUGAUUGCCAGUGACCAAGGCCAACCUGUGCUGUCUACAGUUCUCAAUUUGACAGUCAUUGUUGAUGAUGUGAAUGACAACCCUCCAGUCUUCUCAUCAAGCAGAUAUGAAGUGGAUGUCCCCGAAGAUGAAGUGUCUGGAAGAGUGCUGCUGACAGUAUCUGCUACUGAUUUGGAUGCUGGGGUCAAUGCUCUUGUGAAGUACAGAAUUGUUAGCCAGCAACCUCCAACUUCCUUGACAAUGUUUCUUGUCAAUUUGACUACAGGCCAGCUCAGCCUAAGACAGCAGCUGGAUUACGAAACCAUAAAGCAGUUUGAAUUAGAAGUGGAGGCAUCAGAUGGAGGGCAGCCAAGUCUCAGUACUACAACAUGGGUUGUUGUGCAUGUACUAGAUGUCAAUGACAACCCUCCAGAGUUUAAUCAGGCAGCUUAUGAUAUAUUUGUGUUUGAAAACCUGCGUAAGGGUAGUCCUAUCCACACAUUCAGUGUUACUGACAAGGAUGAGGCUGGCUUUUCUCAGGGACACUUUAUUUAUAACAGCACAUCAUUCACUGUAGAUGUCCCCGGAAUACUUUCGUUAAGGAAUGACACCGAACUGGACAGGGAGACUACAUCUGGAUUCACUUUACAAGUAUGGGCGGUUGAUGCUGAAAUAAAUGGGCUUACUUCAAGUGCGUUGUUCCACAUCAGUGUUCUAGAUGUCAAUGAUAACAACCCCGAGUUUCAGAUGCAGCCAUACAGUUUUGCGGUUCCAGAAGGAGAUUACACACCAGACACACCUGCUAGAGUUGGACAUGUGACUGCUACUGACUUGGAUGAGGGAGAGAAUGCACAGAUUAUGUAUUAUUUAUCAGCUGAGGAUGGGGAUAAUCCAUAUAGCAUCCAACAGAAUGGAACCAUUUUGGCUAAUGGCUAUGUAGACCGAGAAACUAAAGAGAAGUAUGAGCUGCUGGUGGUGGCAUCUGAUAAUGGAGUACCUCAAAGGCAGAAUUUCACAUACAUCAGCAUUCAAGUAUUAGAUGUGAAUGAUAACCCUCCUCGGUUCACAAAAGCACAAUACUCAGCCAGCAUACAUGUAGCAACAGCAGAAGAAGGAUUUUCUGUAAUAUCUGUGUCUGCUACUGACCUUGACAUUGGGAACAAUGCUGUUAUUUCAUACAGCCUCGGCAACCAUUCUGAUGAUUUCCAUAUAAAUAACCGCACUGGAGACAUCAUCCUCAGCAGUAACUUGGAUCACAUCACAGCUGACACAAUUGUUACACUGAUAGUUAUUGCUACCGAUCACGGAAUUCCUCAGCUUACAUCAAAUGCCUCUGUUGCUCUCUACUUGCUGAUAAAUGACACUAGCUUCAGACUGACUUUUGAUAGCUCCAUCUACAACUUCAGUAUUCAAGAAAAUGAACCACCUGAGACUACUGUUGGCUCUGUGAAGGCUCUGACUGGAAGCAUAGCUGUACAAGUAGUGUACUCUCUGAAAUCUCAUACUGACAAGUUCUCUGUUGGUGACCACGGAGACAUUGUGGCUCUUGUCAAACUAGAUCGAGAAGAGGAAGACCUAUACAGCAUCAUUGUAGAAGCUGUUGAUUCUCUGGUGCCACCCAAUACAGCUGUUGCUUUGGUAAUGGUGAGAGUUAAUGAUGUCAACGACAAUCCUCCAGUUUUCUCUGCACUGAAUCCAACUAAACUAUCAGCUCCUGAGAAUGCAGCUAAUCUAGACUUGGGUUUAUUUUCUGCUACUGAUCUGGAUAUAGGAGUUAAUGCAUUUAUAACCUACUCCCUGCAAGACGAUUUUGAUGGAAUGUUCCACGUUAAUAGUUCUACUGGCAAGCUGAUGACAAAAAAAUCCUUAGACAGAGAGAUGGUCGACAGUUAUGAAUUGAAAAUAAUAGCCACUGAUUCUGGCAAACCGUCACAAUAUGCAAGCUUAGUUGUAAGCAUUACUGUAGAAGAUGAGAAUGACAACCCACCAGUCUUCCCUCAGAAAUUGUACACUGUAACUGUAAAAGAGAACGAGCCUCCACAUGUGAUUUUGAGUGCAGCAGCCACUGAUGAAGAUAUAGGCUACAAUGCCAUUAUUCAUUACACAGCAACUGGAGAGCCUUCUUUAUUUCACGUUGGAGAACUGUCUGGAAAUGUUACAGUUCUUCAACCUCUGGACUAUGAAAGCUGUUCCCAGUAUACAUUUAUUCUGAAAGCUUUCAAUCCUGGAGAGCCAUACAUGCAGGACACAGCAAACAUUACAGUUAACGUGGAAGAUGUCAAUGAAGAAGGACCCGUAUUUGACAAGCCCUCCUAUUACCAGAUCCUUCUAGAUAAUUCCACGGCUGGCACACUGGUAGUAGAUAUCAAUGCAAGAGAUGAAAACAAAGGUUAUGAUGAAGACAUUUUCUACAAUAUUUCAGGUGGCAACUCAGAAGGCCUCUUUAGUCUUUCCAGUACCACAGGAGUACUAACAUUAACAAGAGACUUAUCCAAACAGAGUGUUCUUCUGUAUUACUCCUUAAUGGUCACUGCUACAGAUAUGGGUCUGCCACCUCUUUCAACUUCUGUAACGGUGACAGUAGUGAUCGCUCCUAUCAACAUUUCAUUCCCAGUCUUCUCCGAAGCCAUCUAUCAGCCUGCCCCUCUGAGCGUGAAGACACUGCCAGAUACAUUUGUUGUACAGAUCAGUGUGUUUUAUGAGGCCCCUGUUAUAUAUAGUAUUGUCUCUGGAGAUGAAAAGGGGUAUUUCUUCAUCCAUCCAUCCACUGGUAUUGUAAAAACAACAAAGAAUCUGAAACCAGAAGAUUUUCCGGUCACUUUCGUUGUGCGAGCAACAGAUUCGUCUAAUGACAGCUUAUUUAAUGAAGUGUCUGUGAAUGUGGAAGUCAUUGUUGAAAACUAUUUCUCUCCAGUUUUCCCAUCCUCUCUAAUAGAAGAAAGCUUGGAAGAGAAUUUACCUGCUACUCAGAUUGUACAGCUGAAAGCUCAGGAUAAUGAUACAGGAAGAAAUGGUUUGUUGACAUAUGGCUUUCUGACAGGAGAUGAACUAAAAUUCAGGAUAAAUGAAACAACUGGAAUUCUGUAUUCUACUGUCUCCUUUGAUUAUGAAAAGGAUCCUACAGAGUAUCAGCUUGUGAUAUAUGCUGAAGAUGAUGGAAUCCCUGAGAAGAAAAGAGGGUACUGCACACUUGUCAUAAAGAUCAUUGAUGUUAAUGACUGGCCACCUGUCUUUGAUCCAGCAACUGAAUUCAGUGUAAAUGAAAAUGUGCCUGUGGGAUUUGUAGUUGGAAAAAUCACAGCAACCGAUAGAGACACGGGAGACAAUGCCUUUGUUCUAUACAACCUCACAGGUGGUGGAGGACAUGUAUUUGAAAUAGAUGAAAUACAGGGCAUCAUUAAGAUCAAGAACCCUCCAGACUAUGAAACCAUGAAUAAAUACAACCUUACAGUGAAUGCAGUCAACAAUAAAUCUGCCCCUUUCUAUCAGGCAGCAACUCAUGUCACUGUUCUAGUGAUUGAUGUGAAUGAUAAUGCUCCAGUAUUUGCUCAGAGUUCCUAUUCUGCUUCUAUAAACAUGAUUAAUCCUGUAGGUGCUCAUGUCAUAACUGUGAGUGCCACCGACAAAGAUCAGGGGCAAAAUGGCCUUAUUGAAUAUUACAUCCUCCCUGAUCGAAACGUCAGCCCAUUUUUCCUGAUAGAAAAUAUCCAUGAGGGGAAAAUAAUUACAACUGGAAACCUGUCUGAUUUUGAAGAGAUCCACUUAACAGUGAUGGCUAAGGACAAAGGCUUGCCAUCUUUAAAUGCCACUGCUAUGAUCACUCUGAAUGUGUUUGACAACCGUCCAUUUGUUCCUCGGUUUAAUGAGUGUGAAAUCAGCAUUUCUGUUUUGGAAAACACAGGAGUGGAUUAUUUCAUUUAUGCUUUCACUGUGGUUGGAGCUCUUGGAAAAUUGUUAAAUUAUACAAUUGUAUCUGGCAACGAAAAAGGUCAUUUUAGAUUGGAUCCAAAAAGUGGUCAGCUGAGAACAGCAAUUAAUUUGAACUACGAGGAAGUUUCUCAGUAUGUGAUUUUCAUUGAGGCAAAUGAAGAUUUCUCUUCUGCUGCAGACAUCCAGCGUUCAGGCCUGUUUGCCCCAAAUGUGGCAAUGCUGACAAUCUCAGUGCAGGAUGUAAAUGAAGAGCCAACAUUCUUGAACAGUACCUACUCUGCUCGGAUACCAAAUUCUGUGCCAUACAAGUACCCUGUAAUUAAAGUUCAGGCCACAGAUCCAGAUUCGGGAGAAAAUGGACUUCUGCUGUACAGCUUAGUGAAUAACCAAAUGAAUGCAUUUGACAUUGAUGAAAACACGGGGCAGGUUUUUACAGUUGCUGUAGCAGGAAAGGUGGGAACAUUCAAUCUGGAAGUGCAAGCUGCAGACCAAGGCACAAGAAAACUCACAGCCCAAACAACAGUCACCGUAACUGUUGAUUCCAGUUCCGGUAACAACAUUGUGGUGGUGGUACUUAAUCAGAAGAUCAAUGUUGUUGAAAGAAACAUUCCUGGAAUAAAAAGGCUUCUGGAAGAUAAACUCUCAUGGAAAGUAUAUGUCAUUGAUAUUCAUUCCAAUGAGUUGGAGAGAAAAGCAAGAAGCAGCAUUGAUGUAACCUAUAUGGAAAUCAUUGCUUUUGAUGAGAAAAACAAUGAAGUACCUGCAGAAGAUUUAAAAAGAAAACUAAGAGAGCAGAACAGUGACAUUGAGAUGGAACUGGAGAAAAUAUUUUCAACGUCUGUAACUGCUGCUAUAGAAGAGCCUCCUGCAGAGUCAGCGACCCCUGAGCUCAUUGCAACCAUCGUGCUGGGUGUUCUGCUAGCCUGCACUCUCAUAGCCUUCCUGGCAUACAUAGUUUUCAGUACAACAAGGAACAGGUACAAAUAGUUUAACAACGUAAUUUAGACUU